GGCGCUGAGUGGGGGGCGAGCACCUCGGGGCCAUGAAUGCGCUCAAGUACCAGAAGUUCCUGGAGGGACUCAACCACCUGAGAGAUGAACGGGACCGGGUUCAAAAGAAAACCUUCACCAAAUGGGUCAACAAGCACUUGAUGAAGGUGCGCAAGCACAUCAACGAUCUGUACGAGGAUCUGCGGGAUGGCCACAACCUGAUCUCUCUGCUGGAAGUCCUCUCGGGGAUCAAACUGGAACCGGCAGGGCUGAAGACCCUCCGCCUGGUGAGCAUGCCCUCCUGGCGCCGGGCGAGCAGCGACGAGCAGGAGGAGGAAGAUGAGGACGACGUUCCCCGAGAGAAGGGCAGGAUGCGUUUCCACAGACUGCAGAAUGUGCAAAUCGCCCUGGACUUCCUGAAGCAGCGACAGGUGAAGCUGGUGAACAUUCGCAAUGACGACAUCACGGACGGGAAUCCCAAGUUGACCCUGGGCCUGAUCUGGACCAUCAUCCUCCACUUCCAGAUCUCCGACAUUUACAUCAGUGGAGAGUCGGGGGACAUGUCGGCCAAGGAGAAGCUGCUCCUGUGGACCCAGAAGGUGACCGCAGGCUACACAGGAAUCAAAUGCACCAACUUCUCUUCGUGCUGGAGCGACGGGAAGAUGUUCAAUGCACUUAUUCACAGAUACAGACCCGACCUGGUAGACAUGGAGAGGGUGCAGAUCCAGAGUAACAGAGAGAACCUGGAGCAAGCCUUUGAAGUGGCCGAGAGACUCGGGGUCACCCGGUUGCUGGACGCCGAAGAUGUGGAUGUCCCAUCGCCCGAUGAGAAGUCGGUCAUCACGUACGUGGCUUCGAUCUACGAUGCCUUUCCCAAGGUCCCCGAGGGAGGCGAAGGGAUCAGCGCUACGGAAGUGGAUUCCAGGUGGCAGGAAUACCAGAAUCGGGUGGACUCCCUCAUCCCCUGGAUCAAACAGCACACAAUCCUGAUGUCCGAUAAAUCCUUCCCCCAGAACCCUGUUGAAUUAAAGGCACUUUAUAAUCAGUACAUACACUUCAAAGAAACUGAGAUCCCAGCCAAGGAGAGAGAAAAAGGAAGAAUAGAGGAACUGUACAAACUGCUCGAGGUCUGGAUUGAAUUUGGGCGAAUUCAGCUCCCCCAGGGCUAUCACCCUAACGACGUGGAAGAAGAGUGGGGAAAACUAAUCCUCGAGAUGCUGGAGCGAGAGAAGUCCUUGCGACCAGCGGUGGAAAGGCUGGAAUUGCUGCUACAGAUUGCGAACAAAAUCCAGAACGGCGCUCUGAGCUGCGAAGAAAAACUGACACUAGCGAGAAACACUUUGCAGGCUGACACGGCCCACCUGGAGCUGGGCCAGUCGGUGCAGUACGAGUCGGAAGUCGUCACGUACCUGCAGGAGGGCGAGGGGCUCAUCAGGCAGCUGCAGGUGGACCUUCAGAUCCUCCGAGAUGAGAACUACUACCAGCUGGAGGAGCUUGCUUUCAGGAUCCUGCGGCUGCAGGACGAGCUGGUGACCCUGCGGCUGGAAUGCACAAACCUGUACAGGAAGGGCCACUUCACUACCCUGGAGCUCACGCAACCCUCGGCCUUGACCACGGCUCCGUCCAAAGCGGAGCCCCUGACCAAGGGCACCCGCACCACCUCCGCCUCGUGGUUCCGGAAGCCCAUGACCCGGGCGGAGCUGGUGGCCAUCUCGUCCUCUGAAGACGAAGGGAACCUGCGGUUCGUAUACGAGCUGCUGGCCUGGGUGGAGGAGAUGCAGAUGAAACUGGAGAGGGCCGAGUGGGGCAGCGAUCUCCCCAGCGUGGAGUCGCAGCUGGAGACCCAGCAGCACAUCCAUACCAGCGUGGAGGAACUGGGCUCCAGCGUCCAGGAAGCCAGGAUGUACGAGGGCAAGAUGUCCCAGAAUUUCCGCACCAGCUACACCGAAACGCUGGGGAAGCUGGAGACGCAGUAUUGUAAACUGAUGGAAACUUCCGGCUCCCGCCUGAGGCACUUGGAGAGCCUGCACAGAUUUGUCUCCAGAGCCACGGCCGAGCUGAUCUGGUUGAACGAGAAGGAGGAGGAGGAACUGGCCUACGAUUGGAGCGACAACAAUCCCAACAUCGCGGCCAAGAAGAAUUACUUCUCUGAGCUGCGGAUGGAACUGGAAGAGAAACAAGACGUGUUCCGCUCUCUCCAAGACACCGCGGAGCUGCUGUCCUCGGAGAAUCACCCAGCCAAGCAGACCGUAGAGGCCUACAGUGCGGCCGUCCAGUCCCAGUGGCAGUGGAUCAAGCAGCUGUGCCUGUGCGUGGAGCAGCACGUGAAGGAGAAUUCCGCUUACUUUCAGUUCUUCAGCGACGCGCGCGAUUUGGAGGCGUUCCUACGUAACCUCCAGGACUCCAUCAAACGGAAAUAUUCCUGCGACCACAACACCAGCCUGCCACGCCUCGAGGACCUGCUCCAAGACUCCAUGGCACAGGAUGAAAAGGAGCAGCUCAUUCAGUCAAAGAGUUCAAUUGCCAGUCUCGUGGGAAGGUCAAAGACUAUUGUCCAGCUGAAGCAAAGGAACCCCGACCACAUACUGAAGAGUACCAUCUCGGUCAAGGCCAUCUGUGACUAUCGCCAGAUUGAGAUCACGAUCUGUAAGAACGACGAGUGUGUCCUGGAAGAUAAUUCCCACCGAACCAAAUGGAAGGUGAUCAGCCCCACGGGAAACGAGGCGAUGGUGCCAUCCGUGUGCUUCCUCAUCCCCCCGCCCAAUAAAGAGGCCGUUGAGAUGGCCAACAGGGUGGAGCAGUCCUAUCAGAAGGUGAUGACUCUGUGGCACCAACUGCACGUGAACACAAAGAGCCUCAUCUCCUGGAACUACCUGCGAAAGGAUUUGGAUCUCGUGCAGAGCUGGAAUCUGGAAAAGGUCCGAUCGUUACCCCCCGGGGAAUGCCAUCAGACCAUGAAGAGCCUCCGGGUCCACUACGAAGACUUCCUGCAAGACAGCCGGGACUCCGAGCUCUUCUCCGUGGCUGACCGCCUGCGCCUGGAGAAGGAGGUGGAUGCUUGCAAGGAGCAUUUCCAGCACCUUCUGGAAUCUGUGGAGAACGAGGAUAAGGAUGAGACCGUGGCCAAGAACUACAUCUCUGAGCUGAAGAACAUCCGGCUGCACCUGGAAGACUGCGAGCGGAGAGUCGUCGGGCGAAUCAAAUCACCUACCGGCUCCUGGGAGGACGGAGAUGCCCUGCAGGACACCGCUCUGCGCGUCUCCGAGCAGGAGCGCACCCAGGAGGACUUGCAGCAACUGAAAUCGAAGUUGGACGACGUCUCCGCGAGAUGCAGCAGCUUCUUCCAGCGCUCCCCGUCGGGCCCCAGCGCUCCCACCCUGCGCUCAGAGCUCAACCUGCUGGUGGACAAGAUGGACCACGUCUACGGCCUGUCCUCCGUCUACCUGGACAAAUUAAAGACAGUGGACGUCAUAGUCCGCAGCGCGCAGGCCGCCGAGCUCUUGGUCAAAGGAUAUGAAAUCAAGUUGAGUCAGGAAGAGGCGGUACCUGCCGACCUCUCAGCUCUGCAGACCCACCGGUCCACACUGCAGCAAUGGCUCAGCGACGUGAAGGCCAAGAGCUCGGUCUUCUCCACUCUGGACGAGGAACUUGCCAGGGCGAAGGUGGUGGGAGAGCGGCUGUGCCGCCUGACGCCGGAACGGAGCCUGGAACUAGAGCGCUAUCAGGAGAAGGGCGCCCAGCUGCGGGAACGUUGGCAGAGAGUCGGGGUCCAGAUGGAGACCCGCUCUUCGGACCUGGAGAGCAUCCAGGAAGUGCUGCGGGAUUACCGCGCCUGCCACGGAGCGCUGAUCCAGUGGAUCGAGGAGACCACGGCCCAGCAGGAGGUGAUGAAGCCCGGCCAGGCGGAGGACAGCCGGGUCCUGUCGGAACAGCUCAGCCAGCAGACGGCUUUGGUAGCGGAAAUUGAGAGGAAUCAGGCCAAGCUGGACCAGUGUCAAAAGUUCUCUCAGCAAUAUUCCACCACUGUAAAGGACUACGAGCUCCAGCUGAUGACGUACAGGGCCUUUGUGGAAUCCCAGCAGAAAUCGCCCGGGAAACGGCGUCGCAUGAUCUCAUCUUCGGAUGCCAUCACCCAAGAGUUCAUGGAUUUGAGGACACGAUACACGGCACUGGUGACCUUAACGACCCAGCACGUGAAGUAUAUUAGCGACGCGCUCCGGCGGCUCGAGGAAGAGGAGAAAGUGGUAGAAGAGGAGAAGCAAGAAAACGUGGAGAAGGUGAAGGAACUCCUGGGCUGGGUGUCUAGUCUGGCACAGACCACCCAAGGAAAAACCAAAGGCAGAGAACUAACAGACAUCAAAAAAUCCAUCUCCGAACAACAGGCUGUUUCUGAGGAGCUGGCGAUGAAAAAGGAGCAGAUCUCCGACGCCAUCAAAACGGCCCAGAUCUUCUUGGCCAAACAUGGCCACAAACUGUCAGACCAGGAAAAGGAGCAGAUCUCUGAGCAGCUGGAUGCCCUGAAGGAGACUUACCAUCAGCUCUGCGAUAGCUCUGCCGAUCAGCUCCAGCAACUUCAGAGCCAGUUGGCCCAGGAAACAGAACAAAAGGGAAGUGGAACGGUUGCCGGGGUGAUUGAUUUAGGCACAGUGGAGAUAUUUCCUAUCUUCAGGGCCAUGCAGAAGGGGCUCAUAGACCAAGACACGGGGCUGGUGCUGCUGGAGGCUCAAGUUAUCACGGCUGGCCUGGUUGUCCCGGAGACCAAUGAGACCCUGUCGUUAGAGGCCGGCCUGGCCCGGAACAUCAUCGAUCAGCAGACGCUCCGGUCGCUUCGAGAACUGCAAGAGGCAUUUUUGGCGAUGAACACGAGCGCCCAGGGCCCACUCUUCCUUCCCGUUGUGGCAGCUGUCGGGGAGGGGAGGAUCUCCGAGAACAUCGGCCUGAAGAUCCUAGAAACUCACCUGGCAACCGGGGGCUUCCUCCUCGCCCCCGGCGGGGACCGGAUGAGCCUGGACGAGGCCCUUCACAGAGGCCUCAUCCCGGCACUGCUGCACUCCAAGUUGGAGGCCCGCCUGAGGUCCCGCAAGAACCUGAUAGACCCCAACACGGCCGAGAAAGUCAGCCUGGCGGAUCUGACGGGGAGGUGCGUCGUCCACGGGGACACCGGACUUAGGCUUCUGCCCAUCAAACAGCUGGCAGGCGGGACGGUGAGCCUGAAGUCCGGCAGGAAAGUCAGCCUCUUCCGGGCUGUCCAGGAGGGGCUGAUCGAUCGGCAGGUCACCAUCCGCCUGCUGGAAGCCCAGCUGCUGGCCGGGGGCAUCGUGGACCCCAGGACAGGGCACAGGCUCACGGCGGAGGAGGCCGUGAGGCAGAAUCUGAUCGAUCAGGACAUGGCCUGCGCCAUCCUUGUCAGGCAGGUGCAGAGAGGGGGUGUCAUCGACCCUGUCACGGGGCAGAGGCUGACCAUCGAUGAGGCCGUGGGGAAGGAGCUGGUGGCCUCCCGGAGAGCCCUGGUCAUUCUGGAGUCCCUGUGGUCCUUCAUGGGACUGCUGUGGCCCGAGUCAGGGGAGAUCCUCCCUCUUGCCAACGCCCUGGAACAAGGUCUCCUGUCGACGGAGUUAGUUUGGGAGAUCCUUGGUAACCGGCGAUCCAUCCAGGCCCUUUACAGACCACCCUCUCCCGGACUGCUGACGUGGAAGGAAGCGGUCGAGAAAGGAGUCCUGGACAGAAAUGCCAUCGAUAGGUUAAAGGCUGUCCGCAUCCCCGACGUGAUACCCAGGCUGCAACUGGCAGACUCCCCAGCUGGGGCCAAGCCUGGCAUCAGUGCCCCAGCGCCCACCCCGCCGUCUGGGGAAGAUCAAGAUGGAGGCUGUCCGAAGAGCGAGGACGAGAAACUGAUAUUUCAUCUGAUGACCCACAGCUACAUCAACGCACACGACGGGCACCGCCUGCUGCUGGUGGAUGAGGAGCUUUAUCAGGCUCUCACACCGAGCCAGAAAGGCGAAUCGGGAACUCCCGGGCUAGAAAUGUGCGAAACCAGGCGCCAGAGGCCUUGGGCUCCUGAGGAUGUGAAAGACCCAGUGCAGGUGAGAAGCCCCGGCCCCUGCGAUGAUGUGACCGCAGCGCCACUGGCUUGUCAAAUGACCUCUGCGAGAGAGAAUUCCCGGGAGGAGCAGUCACGGGAAAGCAGAAAGACCCUGUUAGAAAUGGCAGCGGAACCUCUCGAGGGUCGUGGAAAGAUCCCGUUGCCAAGAGAUGAAGAAUUGAAAAGCCGUAGCUCUCACACAUCUGAGAGCAUAAUUGAAGCUGAAUCGGAGCCACGAAGGGAACGAUCUGGAGCUGAUAGAGAUCAAAUGGAAACAUCUUCAAGUGGAGGCUCCUUAAAGGCCACCACCGGAAUCGGCCUGACCGCAGACCCCAAGGAGACAGUGGCACCACAGUCAUCAAGCCACCAAGAUCCCGCACCUGCUGAGCUACGUGACGAUCAACGGAAGGAAUUCAGAGAGAUAGAGAGCCUAUCCAAAAGAGGAGCAGCACGUGUUGCAGAUGAAAAAGAAGGUAACCCAGUGAAUUCCCUCAGUGAAGAGGCAGGAUUCCAGCUCGGGAGAGCGCCGAAUCCAGAAUCCAAAGCUAAGUCAGAAGAUGAUGCGGAUGACCUGCUGGGAAAAGAGCAUCCGGGGGAUGUGUCAGUCACAAGAGGAGUAAAAGAGCGCCUUAAGACGGAAACCCAGAAACCAGUUUGGAAAAUAAAAAGGGAGAAAAAGUCAAGAGGUACUGGGUCCCAGGAAGAAAAGAAGGAAGGGAGAGACCCACUGGAUUCUCGUGGGUGCUCUCCGUUAACCAAACAUCCAUCAGAACCGAGUGAAGAAGCUACCUUGAAGCUAUUGUCAGCACAGCUCCAAGAAGGCGGUAUCUUUCACGAACAGACCGGUCAGAAGCUCCUUCUCAACGAAGCCAUCGCCCGAGGAGUAGUAUCUAGCCACACGGCAGUGAAGCUCAUGGGUAAGCUGAAGAUGUUCAGGGGAUUCUUUGACUCUCAGACCCUUGAGUCGUUGACGACCGAAGACGUGAUCGCUGAAGGCCUAAUGGAUGAGAAACUUCUCAAGAAGGUACUCACAUCCGACAAAGCUGUAAGUGGAGUCCUUGACCCCCACACGAACACCGUCCACUCGGUGAAGAAGGCGAUGGAAAUCGGCCUUCUGGACAAGGAGACGGCCUUGAGACUCUUAGAGGGUCAGGUGGUCACCGGUGGAAUCGUUGACCUGAAGCGAGGCAAAAAGAUCUCAGUGACUUUGGCCACCAACCUCGGCCUGGUGGACAGCGAGGAACAGGAAGAGCUCAGCAGGCUGGAGAAAGCCGCUAAAGGCAGAGGGGCCGAUCACCCGACCAGGCAACGGCUCAUUGGCCUACAGAUGGAAACCAACGGAAUUAUGGAUCCAAAAUCCAAGUCCCCUUUGACGGUUGUCCAUUCUAUCAAGGCAGGGCUUCUGGAGAGAGAGGAAGCCGUUCGUCUCUUGGCUCAACAGGUGGCAGAUGGAGGGAUCAUUCACCACCCGUCUGGGAUGAGGCUUUCGGUAGAAAACGCGGUCAAACACGGCUUGAUUGAUGAAGACUUAGCCCAGAAGCUCCAGGAAGUCGAGGACACGUGUCUUGGUCGGGCUUUUCAUCCGGAAACAGAAGUACCGAUUUCUCUGCCUCAGGUGGAAGCACUAGAUCUCGUAACCCCAGAUUUUCCAAAGGAGGCCCAGAGCGGAAGCUUGGCGGAUCCCAUUGCGGGCCAAAGCCUGACCUCGUCUGAAGUUCCGAAGGGAGGACUGUUAUCUGAAUCUGAUGGGAGUGAGGCAGUGCUGCCUUCAGAAGCGAAACAAGGGCUUUUAGACCCUGAGGACAGCUUGCUGGUGCCCUAUUCAGAUUUUGUCAAGAAGUGUAAGAUUGACGUUACGUCUGGCCAGAGGUAUCUGGAAAUAAGGCCCUCCGUGGACUUCAGCCAUGCUCUGGGCCAGAGGCUGUCUCCAGUAUCUGCUCUGAAACAGGAGUCAGGGGGUGAAGAAAAGAUCAGAGGAAUUGCGUCUCGGCAAUUGUCGACCAGAGGAAGGCUUGACGAAGGUAGUGGCCGAAGGUUAGCUCUUCAGGAAGCUGCUGAAAGUGGAUUAAUUAGUCCCAAGUCAUCAGUGAUGGUUAAAAUUGGGAUCAUUGGGUCAGGUGGCAGUUUCCAAGUGGAAAAGCCAGGAGGAGUUGAAGCAGGUGACUUGCAGAAUGGAUUGGCUGAGUGCUACCAAGCUCUUGAAGUGAGUCCUGAUGAAGGCCAGGAGGAAGCAGAGGGUUCGUGGUUAAGUGAAAGUCGUCACGCGGAGGGAAAGCGAAAAGUGAAGAUUACUGAAGGUGGUCAGGAAACAGGCUGCUUAAAUAGGACUGCUAAGGGGCUGAAAGUAAGGGGAAGUUCAUCUAAGUUAGUUUCAGUGACUCAAGGUCAGAGGGGACAGGAUGGUCAGGGCCCAGUGGGCGGGGUAAGUCCUCAGCCUCUCAAAGCUUCAGGGAGGCAGCCUGACUCCAAAACUCAGAGCGUAAGUGUAAGAAGCAUCGAGCCUCCAAGUCCUGGAAUCGUGGAAGCCCUCGGCCAGACCCAAAGGAGAACGACAGAAGGGAAGCCAACAAAGGAAGAGGGUAAAGAGCCAAAAGUUACGCCAGGGGAAAUAAACCAGCAAUUGCAGCAGGUCUUAAAGGAACAAAACUCUCCUCCAGUUUCAGAUUCCAAAGUCAUGAGAAAAUACAGAGGAGGAUUGGCUUCUGAGGACCAGCAGCCAAACCUUGAAGCUCCCUGCCGGGAUUCAUCUGUUGAGUUGCCGAGUGACCCGAGAGCUCUUCCUGAGAGAGGGAAGGAGCCAAGUGCCGAGGGAGACGUGAGGAGGUGUGAAUCAGUCCUUCUUCCUGCUGAAAAGCAACCCCAGGAGACUCCCUCCAGGGAAGCCAGAUGUGAAUCGGUCUGUGGUAUAAAUCUCAAACCCAAGGGCGUAACAGUUCAAGAAAUAUCCGGGGAUCUGGGUGUCUCUUUUACUUUUCAGGCAGAGAAAAUAUCUACCCACAGCUCUCUGGCUCCUCCCAGGCCCCUAGAAACAGCUGGAGGGGCAGGCCGAGAUUCGAGCUUCGUCAUGACUUUCAAACCAGAAGGGAAGUCAUUCCAUGGAGUAACUGACCCACUCCUAGGGGAGUCAGAUUCUCAUGAGACUCUAAGAUCUGGGAUGUCGUCGUUCCAAAAAACUGCUCGAGAAGAAGCCCAAGAUCCAGUGUCAUCGCAAACUCAUAAACCAGGGCUGUCACCCCAAGUGAUUCCCAAACACGGAGCAAGAGGUAACCGAGACCCCUGUAUUUCUUCCCGACCCAAAGAUAGGAAAGCUCUGGAAUUCUCAGAGUCCCAUAAGUCUGAAGGAAAGUCUCUCCAAGGUGCAGCUUUUAACUCUGAAGGGGACCGGAGCUCUGUAACGCUUAAAGCAGAAGAAAGUGCAGGACCAGGCCUGGGGAAAGCCAGCUCUCUGGGAUGGCCAGGAGCAGGGACCCUCUUUGGGUUGAGUGGAGAGGACAGGGGGAGUGCCAACGAAAUCCAUAAGAACCAGGAAGGCACUAUCCAGAAAACUGUUGGAGUGAACAUCUCCAGUCCAGCACCCUCCCUCGGGGUCCCAGCAGAGGGACGGGCCCACCGAGAGGGCCCCAAGGCUGCUCAGGACUCCCCAGGAACUCACGGGGGAUCAACCAGAGUUGACAGUGCCUCUGAACCCUUCACACCCGAAGUCCCAUCCCAGGUUGUGGCCGGAAGAGACUUCCCAGUUCCUCUCCCAUCUAAGAAAGGGAUCCCCCACAAGGCAAAUGAUGACAAAGAGACCAGCCUGAGGCCUUCUCGGACCAUCCACCCAGAAGAGAAGACCCCACAAGAAAUGCCCCCCAAGAUCUCCGGAGCUGACCAAGCUCUCUCUCUACCUGCACCCAAGAGAGAGAGAGGCCAGGACUCCAGCCAAGAACCCACUGUAACCACCAGAACAGUGUACAGCCGACAGCUCUGUCUGGAGCACGAUGAGCAGCUGGUUUCCUAUCUCUCUCGUCUCCGGGACAUCGAGAUGAGGGCGAAACAGAUCCAGCCGGCUGAGCUAAACGUGGCUCAGCUUCAAGAUCUGCUGCGUCAGGCUGAGGCCCUGGAUGGGGAACUGAGCAACCUGUCCGCCCUAGUGAGCCGGGAGCUGGAAGCCGUGGGCCAGAUUGUGGCCAACCAGCCCCAGGAAGUCCCCGCCCAGCUGCUGAAGGCCCUGGAAAAAGACGCCAAGAACCUCCAAAAAUCCUUCAGCUCCGUGAGCGACACGUUGAGCUCAAGGUUGCUCAACCUCCGGAGCGUGGCGGAAGCCGAGAGGGGUAAAGUCAUGGAGCAACAUGAAAAGCUCCAAGAAAAAUUGCACACGCUGGCGGCCUGGGUCAGCGAUACACACAGCUCCCUGGACGGCAGGGCGCCUGUCACGGGAUUGGACACAUCCAGCCUGAACCGUUGUCUCCAGCAGUAUGAGGACCUGAAGGAGCCCCUUUCAGAAAGAAAAUCCCAGCUGGACACCCUGGCUUUCGAUAUUCAGUUCUUCAUUUCUGAGCACGCCCAAGACCUGACUCCUCAGCAGAGCCGCCAGCUGCUGCGCCUUCUGAACGAGCUGCAGAGGUCCUCCCGGGAGCUCUGGGAACGGGCCACCGCUCAGUCAGGGGCUCUGCACGCCCGCCUGCAGGACGUGGAGCGGGAGGCCCAGGUUAAGAGUCUGCAGGAGCAGCAAGCCGUGUGCCGUAAGAAGCUGGAGGGUCUGUGCCGCUGGCUGGGCGAGGCCGAGGGGGUGCUCAAAGACCGGCAGAGGAGAGCGGCCAGCAAGGAGGAUCUGUCCACACUGCAGCGGAAGCAAAGUGACUUGAAGGACUUGCAGAAAGAUAUCCAAGACCACGCCAGUGCCUUUGCCAAUGCCAUCAAGGCCACCGAAGAGUUCCUGGAGGAGAACCGCACCAAGUUAAAUCCCAGCGAACUGGCCUCCCUGAGAGAGAAGCUUCGCCAGGCCAAGGAGCAGUACCAGGCCCUGCAGGAGCGAACACAGACUGCUCAGAAAGAGCUGGAAGGAGAGGUGACUGCGGCCAUGCAGCAGGAGACUGAAAAGACUAAAGCGGCAAAUGAGCUGGAGGAAAAUCAGAGGAAAAUCGAUUCGCUCCUGGACUGGGUGUCCUCUCUGGAGUCCACGGGUGGCCUGUCCAUGCUCAGUCUCCCGACAGUGGGGCAGACACCAGGUGGCCAGCCCGGCGGAGGGAACCAGGAUACGGUCGAUGGUCAGGUCGGCGUGGACCGAGCCGAGGAGGCCCUGGACCGGCAGUAUGAGAGUCUGAAGGCUCGACACCAGGAGCUGCUGUCCCAGCAGCAGAACUUCAUCUUGGCCACCCAGUCGGCUCAGGCCUUCCUGGACCAGCACGGCCACAACCUGAGCCCCGAGGAGGGGCCCCGGCUGCGGCAGAGGCUGGCGGAGCUGAAGGAGAGGUACUUGGCCUCCCUGGCCCGGUCGGAGACGGAACUGAAGCAGGUGCAGACGCUGCGGGACGAGCUGCGGAAAUUCCUGCGGGACCACGGGGAGUUUGAGACGUGGCUGGAGCAGUCGGAGAAGGAGCUGGAGGGCAUGCACCAGGAGGAUGGCGACCUGGCCUCCUUGCUGCGGCCCAUGCUGCUCCGCCAGGGGAGCUUCUCCGAGGACGUCAUCUCCCACAAGGGAGACCUGCGCUUCAUCACCAUGUCGGGCCAGAAAGUCCUGGACGCCGAGGGCAGCGCUGACCACGGCUCCGGACCCGCCGCCGCCAGGGUCCUGGUGAAGGACAAACUGGAAGACGCAACUCAACGAUACACAGCUCUCCACUCUAAGUGCUCCAAGUUGGGCUCCCACCUGAACACGCUGCUGGAUCGCUAUCAGCAGUUUCAGAGCAGCACAGACGGGCUGCAGACGUGGAUGCAGCAGUGCGAAGUGGAGGUGGAGAGGCUCCUGGCCGACACCGUGGCCUCAGACCCCAAGCUCCUGCAGCAGCAGCUCACCAGCACGAAGCAGCUGCAGGGCGACCUCGCAGAGCAUCAGGUACCUGUGGAGAAACUCCAGAAAGCGGCCCGGGAUCUGAUGGAGAUCGAGGGCAGGCCAGCCCCUGACCCCAGCCACAUUCAGGAAACCACAGACUCCAUCCUGAGCUGCUUCCAGAGCCUGUCCCGGCGGAUGGCGGAGCGCUCAGACCUGCUGCAGAAGGCCAUCUCCCAGUCUCAGAGCGUCCAAGAGGGCCUGGAGAGCCUGCUGCAGUCCAUUGCCAAGGUGGAGGGCGGCCUGGAAGGGGAGCAGGUGGCCACCAUGUCCUCCGCAGCCAUCCAGGAAGCGCUAGCCACCAACACGAAACUGAAGCAGGACAUCGCCAGGCAGAAGAGCAGCCUGGAGGCCACGCGGGAGAUGGUGACCCGCUUCACGGAGACGGCGGACGGAGCCACGGCCGCCGGGCUGCGGGGCCAGCUGGCCGAGGCCAGCGAGCGCUUCGACCGGCUGUGCAGGCGUCAGCGGGAGAAGGAGGCCGCUCUCAAGGAGCUGCUGCCCAAGGUCGAGCAGUUCGAACGUCUCACGGAGCAGCUGCGCCAGUUCACGGACAGCAGGGCCCGGAGCCUGGCCUCUGGGAACCAGCCCGAUCGAGACAUCGCCCAUUUCUCCCAGCAGAUCCAGGAACUGAAUCUGGAAAUGCGGGAGCAGCAGGAGAACCUGGAUGCUUUAGAGCAUCUGGCCAGCGACCUGAGCAGCUGCGGGAUUUCCACGGACUUGUCCCAGCAACAGGAGAUGGUGCAGAAGCUGAAGAAGGACUUCACCGAGCUACAGAAAACAGCCAGGGAAAGAGAGAAGGAAACGUCAUCCUGCCAGGAGCAGCUGGAUGAAUUCCGGAAACUGGUCUGGGGCCUGAGGAAGUGGCUGAAGGAAUGUGAGGGGAGUGUGCCGUCAGCAGAGGCCACCAUGGGGACCCAGGAAUUGGAAAAGCAGAUUGAGCGUGUUGAGGGUCUCCUGGAGGGCUGGGCCGGGAAAGGGGCCCAGGUGGAAGAAGUCAACCGCAGAGGAACUGCCUUGGAGAACCUGAUCGUGGACAUCACCGCACCUGAAACCCAAGCGAAGACAGGUUCUGUGCUGCCCGCUAUAGGAGCUUCUGUAGGCAGUGUAAACGGAUACCACACCUGCAAAGAUCUGACGGAGAUCCAGUGCGAGGUGUCGGACGUGAACCAGCAGUACGAGAGCUUGGGGGGCGUGCUGCGGGAACGCAGGGACAGCCUCCUGGCCGUGCUUAGCCGGAUGCGGGAAGUCGGGGAGGAGGCCCGCUCGGCGUUGAAGUGGCUCGAGUCCACGGAACGCAACCUGGAAGCCCUCGACGCUACUUCGUCGCCCACCAAGACGGAGACCGUGCGAACCCAAGCCGAGCACAACAAGGCUUUCCUGGCUGAGUUAGAACAGAAUUCCCCAAAGAUCCAGAAAGUAAAGGAAGCCCUGGCUGACCUGCUGGAGAAAUACCCCAACUCUCAAGAAGCAGAGAACUGGAAAAAGAUGCAGGAGGAGCUCAACUCCAGGUGGGCGAGGGCCAACGAGGUGACCGUGGCCCGCCAGGAGAAGCUGGAGAAGUCGGCAAACCAGCUGGACAGCUUCCAGGCGGCUGAGGCCCAGCUGCGCCCGUGGCUGAAGGAGAAGGAGCUGAUGAUGAGCGUGUUGGGGCCCCUGUCCAUCGACCCCAACAUGCUGAACGCCCAGAAGCAGCAGGUCCAGUUUAUGCUGAAGGAAUUUGAGGCGCGGAGGCGACAGCACGAGCAGCUGAACCAGGCCGCACAGGGCAUCUUCGCGGGCCCGGGCGACGCCUCUCCGUCCACCGGCCAGGCGCGGGACCAGCUUGAGGGCAUCAAUCAGAAAUGGGUGGAGCUGACGGAGCGGCUGAAUUCGCGGUCCAGCCAGAUUGACCAAGCGAUUGUCAAGAGCACUCAGUACCAGGAGCUCCUACGGGGCCUGGCCGAGCAGGUCAAGGCUGUCGGGCAGCAGCUGAGCGGCCAGUCGGCCAUCAGCACCCAGCCGGACGCGGUGAAGCAGCAGCUGGAGGAGACCAGUGAGAUCCGGUCAGACCUGGAGAGGUUGGACCAUGAGAUCGCAGAGGCCCAGGCCCUGUGCGACCAGCUGUCUCUGCUCAUCGGGGAGCAGUACCUCAAGGACGAGCUGAGGAAGAGGCUGGAGACGGUGGCCCUCCCCCUCAAGGGCUUGGAAGACCUGGCAGCCGAUCGCCUGAACCGGCUCCAGACGGCCCUCGCCAGCACCCAGCAGUUCCAGCAGAUGUUCGACGAGCUGAGGGCCUGGCUGGACGACAAACGGAGCCAGCAGGCCCGGGCCGGCCCUAUCUCGGCGAAGCUCGAGAGGCUGCAGGCCCAGCUCCAGGAGCAAGAAGAAUUCCAGAAGAGCCUGAAUCAGCACAGCGGCUCCUACGAGGUGAUCGUGGCCGAGGGGGAGACCCUUCUCCUGUCCGUGCAGCCGGGGGAGGAGAAAGCGGCCUUGCAGGGCCAGCUGGCGGCCCUCAAAUCCCACUGGGCGGAGCUGGGCAAGCACGCUGCGGACCGGCAGGCCCGCCUCAAAGAUUGCCUGCAUAAGGCUCAGAAGUAUCAGUGGCACGUGGACGACCUGGUCCCGUGGAUAGAGGACUGUAAGAGCAAGCUGUCGGGCCUGCAGGUCACCCUGGACCCGGCGCAGCUGGAGGCCACCCUCCUGAGAGCCAAGGGCCUGCUGAGCGACGUGGAGAAGCGCCGCUCCCUCCUGGAGCUGCUGAAUGGCGCGGCCGACCUCCUCCUCGACUCGGCCCAGGCGGACGAAGACGACGUCCGGGAUGAGAAGGCGGCGCUCGAGCGGACCGUGGACGCCGUCACGGAAGAGCUGCGGGCCAAGACGGGGUCUCUCGAGGAAAUGGCUCAGAGGCUCAGGGAGUUCCAGGAGAGCGUCCAGACGGUCGAGAAGAAGCUGGAUGGGGCCAGGCACCAGCUGGAGAUCUUGGACGCCUUGGGGCCCCAGGCCUGCAGCAACAAGAACCUAGAGAAGCUGAGGGCCCACCAAGAGACCCUCCAGGCCCUGGAGCCUCAGGUCGACUACCUGAAGCGCUUCACCCAGGGCCUGCUGGAGGACGCUCCGGACGGCCAGGGCUCCUCCCAGCUCCUGCACCAAGCCGAGGCGGCCGAGCGGGACUUCGCCUCGGUGAGGCACAGGGUGGACGAGGGCUGCAGGGCGAUGGAGAGCAAACUGGACGGGAUCGGUCAGUUCCACGGCCGGGUCCGCGAGAUGUUCUCCCAGCUGGCCGACCUGGACGACCAGCUGGACGGCAUGGGGGCCGUGGGCCGGGACGCCGACAGCCUCCAGUCCCAGAUCGAGGACGUCCGGCUGUUCUCGGGGAGGGUCCGGGGGCUCAAGGCGGACGUCGCGGCCGCCCGAGAGGAGUGCCAGCGCAUGCUGGACGAAGAAGGGAGCCCGGACUUGUUGGGGCUCAAGAGGGAGCUGGAGACGCUGAACAAGCAGUGCGGCAAGCUGAUGGAGAGGGGCGGGGCCCGCCAGGAGCAGCUGGAGACCACCCUCGCCCGCGUGGAGGAUUUCUACAACAGGCUGAAAGAACUGAACCGGAUGACCACGGCGGCCGAGGAGGGAGAGGCCCUGCAGUGGGUCGUGGGCACCGAGGUGGACGCCAUUAACCAGCAGCUGGCAGAUUUUAAGAUGUUUCAGAAGGAGCAGGUGGAUCCCCUUCAGCUGAAACUGCAGCAGGUCAACGGACUUGGCCAGGGGCUCAUCCAGAGCGCAGGGAAGAACUGUGAUGUUCAAGGCCUGGAGCACGACAUGGAGGAGAUCAACGCCCGGUGGAACACCCUGAAUAAAAAGGUCGCACAGAGGAUUGCCCAGCUACAGGAGGCCCUGUUACAUUGUGGGAAGUUUCAGGAUGCUCUGGAGCCCUUGCUCAGCUGGUUGGCCGACACAGAGGAUCUCAUAGCUAAUCAGAAGCCUCCAUCUGCCGAGUAUAAAGUGGUGAAAGCGCAGAUCCAAGAACAGAAGCUGCUUCAGAGGCUCUUGGAUGACCGGAAGGCCACUGUUGAGAUGAUUCAGGCUGAAGGGGGGCGGAUCGCCCAGGCGGCCGAGCCGGUCGACCAGGAGAAGAUCGUCGGCCAGCUGGAGAGCCUUGAGGGGAGGUGGGCCGGACUGCUCCACAAGGCCGCGGCCAGGCAGAGACAACUGGAAGAAAUCCUGGUCCUGGCCAAAGAAUUCCACGAGACGACCGAACCCAUUUCUGACUUCCUGUCCGUCACUGAGAAGAAACUCGCCAACUCGGAGCCCGUCGGCACCCAGACGGCCAAAAUCCAGCAACAGAUCGUGCGCCACAAGGCCUUAGAGGAAGAAGUAGAGAGCCGGUCCGCAGGGGUGCAGCUGGCGGUCGGUGUCGGCCGCUCGCUCUCCUCCCUGACCGGUCCGGCCGAGAGGGAAGCCCUGGCCGAGCAGCUGGACGCGCUGCAGGCCCGCUAUCGGGAGGUCCGAGAGCGGUGCGGCCGCAGGGCGGCUCUCCUCGGGCAGGCGCUCUGUGACGCCCGGCUGUUUGGGGACGGAGAGGUGGCGGUACUCAACUGGCUGGCCGAGGUUGAGGACAAGCUGGGCUCGGUGUCGGUUAAGGAUUACAAGCGGGACGUCCUGCAGAAGCAGCACGCCGACCAGCUGGCUUUAAAUGAGGAGAUUGUGAAUCGGAAGAAGAAUGUAGACCAGGCCAUUAAGAAUGGACAAGCUCUUCUGAAACAAACCACAGGGGAAGAGGUGCUGCUCAUCCAGGAGAAGCUGGACGGCAUCAAGACCCGCUACGCAGACAUCACGGCUACCAGCUCCAAGGCUCUCCGGACUUUAGAGCAGGCCCGGCAGCUGGCCACCAAGUUCCAGGCCACCCACGAGGAGCUGACUGGCUGGAUGAACACGGUGGCGGACGAGCUGGCGGCCAGCGGGGGACGGUCACCCACGGGGGAGCAGAUACCGCAGUUCCAGCAGCGGCAGAAGGAGCUGAAGAAGGAAGUAAUGGAGCACCGGCUGGUAUUGGACACGGUGAACGAGGUGAGCCGAGCCCUCCUUGAGCUGGUGCCGUGGCGAGCCCGGGAGGGCCUGGAUAAGCUGGUCUCAGAGGCCAACGAGCAGUACAAAGCGGUCAGCGACACCAUUGGCCAGAGGGUGGAUGAAAUCGACGCGGCCAUCCAGCGGUCCCAGCAGUACGAGCAAGCUGCCGAUGCCGAGUUAGCCUGGGUGGCAGAGACUAAGCGGAAACUGGCGGCUCUCGGCCCAAUCCGCUUGGAACAGGACCAGACCACGGCCCAGCUGCAGGUCCAGAAGGCUUUCUCUAUCGACAUCAUCCGCCACAAAGAUUCCAUGGACGAGCUUUUCAGCCAACGAGACGAAAUCUUCGGGACGUGUGGGGAGGAACAGAAAGCGAUGUUACAGGAGAAAACGGAAUCACUGGUGCAACAGUACGAGGCGGUCAGCCAGCUGAACUCGGAGCGCUAUGCCCGGCUGGAGCGGGCUCAGGUCCUGGUCAACCAGUUCUGGGAGACCCAUGAAGAGCUCGACCCCUGGAUCCAGGAAACGCAGACUCUCAUCGCCCAACUGCCUCCUCCGGCUAUCGAUCACGAGCAACUCAAGCAGCAGCAGGAGGACAUGAGGCAACUGAGGGAGUCGAUCGCCGAGCACAAGCCUCACAUCGAUAAGCUUCUCAAGAUCGGCCCCCAGCUGAAGGAGCUGAACCCCGAGGAAGGGGAAAUGGUGCAAGAGCGGUACCGGGCGGCCGAAGCCCUCUAUGCCCAAAUCAAAGAGGAGGUGCGCCUGAGGGCCCUGGCCCUGGACGAGGCGGUUUCCCAGUCGACUCAGAUCGCAGAGUUCCACGACAAGAUCGAGCCCAUGCUGGAGACCCUGGAGAGCCUCUCCUCCCGCCUGCGGGUGCCCCCGCUCAUCCCAGCCGAAGUGGAGAAGAUCCGGGAGUGCAUCGGCGACAAUAAGAACGCUACCGUGGAGUUGGAGAAGCUGCAGCCGUCCUUCGGGGCCCUGAAGCGCCGCGGCGAGGAGCUGAUCGGGCGCUCCCAGGGCCCUGACAAGGAUCUGGCUGCCAAAGAAAUCCAGGAUAAGUUGGACCAGAUGGUCUUUUUCUGGGAGGACAUCAAAGCUCGGGCUGAAGAGCGCGAAAUGAAAUUCCUGGACGUUCUGGAGCUGGCCGAGAAGUUUUGGUUCGACAUGGCCGCCCUCCUGGCCACCAUCCGAGACACCCAGGACAUCGUCCAUGACCUGGAGAGCCCCGGCAUCGACCCGUCAAUCAUCAAACAGCAGGUGGAGGCUGCCGAGACCAUCAAAGAGGAAACGGAUGGCCUGCACGAGGAACUCGAGUUCAUCCGCAUCCUGGGAGCAGAUCUCAUUUUUGCCUGCGGCGAAACGGAGAAGCCGGAAGUGAAGAAAAGCAUCGACGAGAUGAAUAACGCGUGGGAGAAUCUAAACAAGAUGUGGAAGGAGCGGCUAGAGAGACUGGAGGAGGCUAUGCAGGCUGCCGUGCAGUACCAAGAUGCCCUGCAGUCCAUGUUUGACUGGCUGGACAACACCGUGAUCAAACUCUGCAACAUGCCGCCAGUUGGCACGGACCUCAACACCGUCAAAGAGCAGCUGAAUGAAAUGAAGGAGUUUAAGACGGAAGUGUACCAGCAACAGAUCGAGAUGGAGAAGCUGAACCACCAGGGCGAGCUCAUGUUGAAAAAAGCCACCGAUGAGACGGACCGGGACAUCAUCCGCGAGCCCCUGACGGAGCUCAAACACCUGUGGGAGAACCUGGGGGAGAAGAUCACACGAAGACAGCACAAGCUAGAAGGGGCCCUGCUGGCCCUUGGCCAGUUCCAACACGCCUUGGAGGAGCUGAUGGGCUGGCUGACGCACACUGAAGAGCUAUUAGACGCCCAGAGACCCAUCAACGGGGACCCCAAGGUCAUAGAGGUGGAGCUAGCGAAGCACCAUGUGCUAAAGAAUGACGUCCUAGCCCACCAGGCCACGGUGGAAACGGUAAACAAGGCUGGCAACGAACUCCUGGAGUCCAGCGCCGGGGAUGACGCCAGCAGCCUGAGGACCCGCUUGGAGACCAUGAACCAGUGCUGGGAGUCCGUGCUGCAAAAAACGGAGGAGCGAGAGCAGCAGCUGCAGUCAACGCUCCAGCAGGCCCAAGGUUUUCACAGUGAAAUCGAAGACUUCCUCUUGGAGUUGACACGGAUGGAGAACCAGCUGUCGGCAUCUAAGCCCACGGGAGGGCUGCCAGAGACGGCCCGGGAGCAGCUGGACGCUCACCUGGAGCUGCACUCCCAAUUGAAAGCCAAAGAAGAGCUGUACGGUCAACUCCUGGACAAGGGUAGGCUGAUGCUCUUGAGCCGCCAUGACUCCGGGACCGGCUCCAAAACGGAACAGAGCAUCGCCCUGCUGGAGCAGAAGUGGCAGGCGGUCAGCAGCAAGAUGGAAGAGAGAAAGUCCAAGCUGGAGGAGGUGCUCAGCCUGGCCACAGAAUUCCAGAAUUCCCUGCAGGAGUUUAUCAACUGGCUGACCCUGGCCGAGCAGAGCCUAAACGUGGCUGCCUCUCCCAGCCUGAUUCUCAACACUGUGCUUGGCCAGAUCGACGAACACAAGGUUUUUGCCAACGAAGUGAACGCUCACCGGGACCAGAUCAUCGAGCUGGACCAAACCGGCAACCAGCUCAAGUUCCUCAGCCAAAAACAGGACGUGGUCCUGAUCAAAAACCUGUUGGUCAGCGUCCAGUCCCGCUGGGAGAAGGUGGUCCAGCGGUCAGUGGAGAGGGGCCGGGCCCUGGACGACGCGAGGAAGCGAGCCAAGCAGUUCCACGAGGCCUGGAAGAAGCUGAUCGACUGGCUGGAGGAUGCCGAGAAGCUCCUGGACUCGGAGCUGGAGAUUUCCAAUGACCCAGACAAAAUUAAGCUACAGUUGUCCAAGCACAAGGAGUUUCAGAAGACCCUCGGGGGCAAGCAGCCCGUGUAUGACACCACGAUCCGGACGGGUCGGGCCCUAAAAGAGAAGGCUUUGCUGCCGGAUGACACCCAGAAACUUGACAAUCUGCUGGGGGAAGUCAGGGACAAGUGGGACACCGUGUGCGGCAAGUCUGUGGAGCGGCAGCACAAGCUGGAGGAAGCCCUGCUGUUCUCCGGCCAGUUCAUGGACGCCCUCCAGGCCCUGGUGGACUGGCUCUACAAGGUGGAGCCUCAGCUGGCUGAAGACCAACCAGUGCACGGUGACCUGGACCUGGUCAUGAACUUGAUGGAUGCUCACAAGGUUUUUCAGAAGGAACUCGGGAAGCGAACCGGGACUGUGCAGGUGCUGAAGCGUUCGGGCCGGGAGCUGAUCGAGAACAGUCGGGACGACACCACCUGGGUCAAGGGGCAGCUGCAGGAGCUGAGCACCCGCUGGGACACUGUGUGCAAGCUGUCCGUCUCCAAGCAGACCAGGCUGGAGCAGGCCCUGAAACAGGCAGAGGAAUUUCGGAACGCCGUCCACAUGCUGCUGGAGUGGCUCUCAGAAGCGGAACAGACCCUCCGCUUUAGGGGCGCGCUGCCCGAUGACACAGAAGCAUUGCAGUCCCUCAUCGACAUCCACAAGGAGUUCAUGAAGAAAGUGGAGGAGAAGCGAGUGGACGUGAAUGCAGCCGUGGGGAUGGGGGAGGUGAUUCUGGCCGUGUGCCAUCCGGACUGCAUCACGAACAUCAAGCACUGGCUCACCGUCAUCCGGGCGCGCUUCGAGGAGGUCCUGACCUGGGCCAAACAGCACCAGCAGCGGCUGGAAGCCGCCCUCUCCGAACUGGUGGCGAAUGCCGAGUUGCUGGAAGAACUUUUAGCCUGGAUUCAGUGGGCUGAGACCACACUCAUCCAACGGGAUCAGGAACCAACCCCCCAAAACAUCGACCAGGUCAAGGCCCUCAUCUCUGAGCAUCAGGCCUUUAUGGAGGAGAUGACUCGCAAGCAGCCGGAUGUGGACCGAGUCACCAAGACGUACAAAAGGAAAGCCACAGAACCCACUCACGCACCUUUCAUCGAGAAAUCCCGCAGCAACCGGAAAUCCUUGAGCCAGCCCACACCGCCGCCCAUGCCAAUUCUCUCACAAUCUGAAGCCAAAAAUCCCAGGAUCAACCAACUGUCCGCUCGCUGGCAGCAGGUGUGGCUGCUUGCCUUGGAGCGGCAGCGGAAGCUGAACGAUGCCCUGGACAGGCUGGAGGAGCAGCUAUGCCCAGAAUUGAAGGAGUUUGCCAACUUUGACUUUGACGUCUGGAGAAAGAAAUACAUGCGCUGGAUGAACCACAAGAAGUCCCGGGUGAUGGAUUUCUUCCGACGCAUCGACAAGGACCAGGAUGGGAAAAUCACACGGCAGGAAUUUAUCGACGGGAUCCUGGCCUCCAAGUUUCCUACGACCAAGUUAGAGAUGACCGCAGUGGCUGACAUUUUUGAUCGUGAUGGGGAUGGCUACAUUGACUACUACGAAUUUGUGGCCGCUCUCCAUCCCAACAAAGAUGCUUACCGACCGACCACAGAUGCAGACAAAAUUGAAGAUGAGGUCACAAGACAAGUGGCUCAGUGCAAAUGUGCGAAGAGGUUCCAGGUGGAGCAAAUUGGUGAAAAUAAAUAUCGGAUAUUCUUUUGCUGUGAUGGGAAGAAAUGCUCUUUUGGUGACUCCCAGCAACUGCGGCUGGUUCGUAUUCUGCGGAGCACCGUGAUGGUUCGAGUCGGUGGCGGAUGGAUGGCGCUGGACGAAUUUUUGGUGAAAAACGACCCCUGCCGAGUUCACCACCCUGGAAGUAAAAUAAAGCGCUCUGAUUCCAGCUCUUCGAUUGCCAGUCAGUCUCCGAUAGCUCGAGGAAGAACUAACCUGGAACUUAGGGAGAAAUUCAUUUUACCGGAGGGUGCCUCACAGGGAAUGACACCGUUCCGGUCACGCGGCCGAAGAUCGAAACCGUCUUCGCGGGCAGCAUCCCCUACGCGAUCCAGUUCCAGCGCUAGUCAGAGCAACCACAGCUGCACCUCAAUGCCGUCCUCCCCAGCCACCCCUGCCACUGGGACCAAGACUCCACAUCACUUCUCUCGCUGUUAUGACAAACCCUGGUUGGUAAACAGUAAAGCUGGCACCCCUCUCAGGGACAACAGUUAUUCCGACUUCCCGCUACCCAGCUCUGAGGUGACGCCGGCAACAGGCAGCAAGCUGAAGCGGCCGACUUUUCAUUCGAGCCGAACUUCCCUUGCUGGCGAUACCAGCAAUAGUUCUUCCCCGGUUUCCACGGGUGCCAAGACCAGUCGGGCUGAUCCUAAAAAGACAGCUAGUCGCCCCACAAGUCGUGCCGGAAGCCGUACGGGGAGCCGAGCCAGCAGCCGGCGAGGAAGCGACGCCUCAGACUUUGACCUGCUGGAGACGCAGUCGGCCUGUUCGGAUACUUCAGAGAGUAGCACAGCAGGGUGCCAAGGCAGUGCUCGGAGAGGUUUAACCAAACCUUCCAAGAUCCCCACUAUGUCUAAGAAAACUACCACUGCCACCUCCAAAACGCCAGGCCCCAAAAGAUAAUACUGUAUAGACACCCCUCAAAGGAAACCUGUGUCGAUUUUUAACUCUGCUCCGUACGUUGGAUGUAUAUUUAUUCUGAACGGGAGAAAUUAUAUUGUUAAAAGUGUAAAAGAAUAACUGUGUUAUGAAGCUGCCUUAUUUGUUUUUCUUUUUGUAAGUUACUAUUUUCAUGUGAAUAUUUAUGUAGAUAAAAUUUGCCUUCUGGUGGCCCUACACCGACCAGAUGGGGGCCGAGAGGUGAAAUGUCUGGAAAAAAAGUAAAAAGGUCAAGAUGUGAACGUGCAUUUAAAAAAGAAAAAGCAACAAAAAAAAAACCUUAAAAAACCUAUAAAUAGGAUUUCUGCGCGGUGCAGGGGCGUGAACCUGCUUUAUCUUUUAGGAUUAUUUCCUAAAUGCAUCUUCUUUAUAAACUUGACUUGCUGUCUCAGCAAGAUAAAUUAUAUUAAAAACCUGAAUCCUACAGUGUUCAAGGAACUUUUUUUUUUUUGUAAAUCUUGGAUACCUCAAACAGAAAGAAACAUGAGGUGAGGGGACUUAGGACUUUUUUCCAUUUUUUUAAUGUUAUGUGAUUUUAGCUGAAGAAAGGGGAGUACGUUUGAAUUACUAAAUUUGCACAUGCUUAUAUACCGUAAAGGAGUUCAUUAAAAUGCUGUCUUUAAAACA